GGCAGCAGCGAUUGUUUGUGUCAAGCAGGUGUGGUACCUCGGGAACCUUCAUGACAGAUAUGGAAGGGAUUUGAGACAUUUUGGCAACUUAAAAGAUGGGGAGGAGUAGAGGAGCCUUGCUUGUGGCAGCAAUAGUAAUUUGUUGUUGCCACUUGCCAGUACCAGCAAAAGACAUAUCUCUGGGGUGCUUCACAGAGGAGGAGAAGAGACAUGAUUUUAUAUACCAUUCUUCCAAUGCAUCAAGCGGAACGAGUGUGACUGCCUGUGUUGAAGAGUGCAGAUCAAAAACGAUGAGAUAUGCUGGCUUAUUAAAUGGGGAUAAGUGUUUAUGUGGAGACACAUUUAGUGGUAACCCAUCAGAUUUGUGCACGGCUAAAUGUUCAGCAAAUUCCACACAGAUAUGUGGUGGUGCUGGAGUGAUGAGUGUGUAUGAAACGGGUCAUGACAUCCUCGGUGCCCCGGUGUCUCUCACGCAGGUGGACAGUAAACCUUCUAGCUUGCACAUUAACUGGGAACCACCUGCUCGAGGGCUCUCAGAAAUUCUGGAAUAUCAUGUCAGUGCCAUUCCCAUUUUUACCUAUAGUGAGAGAGACCCACCCAGACCCAUGAAGUGGGUGUUUUCUGCCCAGACUUACACUGCUUGGCUUCAUGGUGUACAGCCUGGUACAAAGUAUUCAGUAGAAGUCAAAGCUGCUUCAGCUGCUGGUCUAGGGUAUGUUCAGUCCAGGGAUAUGUGGACAAAAGUAGGAAAACCUGAAACUCCUGCACCUCCCCAAAUUAUUAGUAGAACCCCUAACGCUAUGACUGUUCAACUCCAGUCUGUCCCUCCAACCAAUGGUCCCGUUACAGCUUAUCAAGUUGUAGUCGUCGAUGAAACGGUUAGUGUAGAGCUCCAGCCACAAUUACUUGAAGAUUAUAGAGGAGCUACAGAAAAAGGCAUCCCCUAUUAUAUAACGGCUCAGUUUUCCGCUGAUAAUUUUGUGACAACGUUCAAAGUAGGUGACAGAAAACAUUAUGGUAAAUACUACAAUGCUCCAUUAAAAGAAGGAGUAGACUAUCACAUAUUACUCGGGGUUAUAAGUACAAUUAACGAAACAAAGGCAUCGUAUUCAGUCUCAAAUCAUGAACAACAUGAGAGUAGUGUACUUGAUGAGUUUAUAAAGAGAGGUGAAUAUUCUCAAACAAAUAUUCAGUUGGCUAACAACAGGAAGCUGAUUUUAGGCUUGUCCAUUGCUAUUGGUCUCUUUGGCUUCCUUCUUAUUGCCUCCAUUGUGUUAUAUGUAGCUCUGAGAGUAGUGGUCAAGAAAAAUCGUCGAUCUUCGGAAAAUCAGGAGUUGGCAAUCCAUGCACAACAACCAUAUCAGGAUGUAGAAAAUGGGUAUGCAGUCGGCGCUCACUAUGUGGACGAGGAGAUGGCCCCAACUGACCACUACCGCCAGCUGAAGGAGCGAGUUUUGAUUAUCCCCCACCAAGGGCUCAACAUUGUGGGAGAUAUUGGAACUGGUAGAUUUGGAGAAGUAAGAAAGGGUGUGGUCGUGAACAAAGCAAAUCAGACAAGUGUGCUGGUUCAGCGGAUUACAGAUGAUACUUUGGAUAGGAGUCGGAAGAUGCAAAUGUUGCGUGAAUUUGAUGCACACAUACGCAUCGAUUCCCAUCCACACAUCAUAUCUCUCGUGGGUCUCAUGGAGGAACUUAAUAUUAUCUCUGUGGCCUUUGAGUAUGAGACAGCAACUCUCAAAACCCAACUGGUGGAGAGUCGUGCUGUCCAGCACUACCCAGUUUAUGCAGAGAAGAACCGAAGGUUUUCUACUCUUGUGGAAGGACAGGCCCUUGAGAUGUUGGCAGGAGUGGCUCGAGGUAUGAGCCAUUUGGCAUCAUUAGGUGUGGUCCACGGUCAGCUUUGUGCCAGGAAUGUGGUGCUGGUGGAUGGUACUCGCCCAAAAGUUACUGGCUUUGGUCUUCUUCACUACCAUAAUGACCUUUAUGUCCCAGACUACAGACGGUGGCAUGCUGUUGAAACGCUCCGCACCAAAGGGUUGGCACCAAAGAGUGACGCUUGGUCUUUUGGCUGUUUGAUGUGGGAAAUGACCACUCUUGGUGGAACCCCCUAUGCAGAUGUGCGCACUGAAGAAGUUGCUGGCAGAGUCAUACGUGGUCUGCGCUUACCUCAGCCUCAGUAUGUUGGGGAUGAACUUUACCAAGUAAUGCUCAAUUGUUGGCAGCAAGACCUUGAUGAACGCCCCACAUUUCCUGAGCUGGAAGCCAGUCUUCAAAUGUUGGCCAGUGAUGAUGUAACUCCUUGUCUCUUGUUUUCUCUUUACCCGUCAUUCCAGUAUGAACAGUAUGCACCGCACUUAGAGUUCCUGGACUAACGUUUCAGAUUAAUUUGUCAACAAACCAGUGAAUCAUGGUGUUCAGUGUGGGUGAAAUAAAUGAAAUUUAACAAAAGUAUGUACUGUACUUAUACAGUAUGAGGAUGGUACAGUAUACAGUUUUUUUGGAAUAAAACUGUUGAUUACUCAGAAAUGCUUCAGCCAAAAACUAAAAUGUUGUGCCAAGAAAACAGUAUUGACAUGCACACUUUUUCAUUUUAAUUUUGCACAAUAAUUUCAUAUUUAGAGUUUAAACUUUAUAGGAUAAAGUUUUAAUCAAAAGUGUUCAUUACAUAGUCUUGAUUUUCACAACUGACCCAUUUUAAUACUUGUAUUAAGCUGUUGUGUAAGUGUUUUACUGUAUUCUCUUUCAGGUUUUGAUACAAAAAGAAUAAUUUAGUUAGAUGUAGAUUACCCUCUUGAUUCUUGUGAUGACAUAUUACAAGUUAAAGGUUUUACCUCAAGUUUCAGCAUGUUUUCCACAAAUUGGAAAUACUGUACUGUACUGGUAUGCUCACAAAGAAACAGGAAUACAUGUCCAUAUGAAUCAUGAAUUUAUUCAUUUAUUUCUUUGAUGUGAUGGGAACUGUAAGAAAACACAGGCAUCCUUGAUGUUUUAUCUGACUUUUUACCAACAUAAUGUUAAAAAGAUGUUUACCAUAAUGUAAUUUUUUUUUAGAACUAUAUACAGUAUAAUGUAAAUAUAUAUAAACUACCAGUAGCUGUCUUAAUGCAGAACACUUGCUUCAGCAUGCUUAUGUAUGCUUAAAUUAUUAGUACAGUACUGAAUCCUGUUUAAAAACUGAGCUACAGCUGAAUUGGGCAAGAGAUGGCUUUCUAUUAGUGUACUUAGGUAAAUUCACCUAUGCUAAAGCUUGCUAUUAUACUUGCAAUCGUACUGUAAUGAAGAAUAGGACUUAACAAAAACAGAAAAGUCUUUUAAUCAUAUACAGUAAUUAUACUGUAUAUACAAUGUAUACAGAACAUUACUGUAAUAUAUCCUGCUCAGGCAGGUCAGUAUAAAAAAGUCUUCAUCUAAAACUCUGCUGAAAACAAUGAUUUUAUUUGGUGUUUGAUAGGAUUUAUCAUUUUAAUUCAUCACCAUAACUUGUAGUUUGUUUAGUAUAAUACUAAAUACCAAAACCGAGAAAUGAAAGAUUUUGAAUCUCAAAGCAUUUGUAUUUCUUAUGGUAUUUUUAUCAUCAUAAUUAUGAUAUUAAUACAAUAAUGUAUCAUGAUUAAAUUUCUCCAUUCCACAUUUUAAUGAAAAUAUGACACGCAUUCACUUAACUAAAAAAAAUUUAAGGGAGUGAUUUGUAAUUAUCAUAAACUUCAGAGGUAUUGGAUACUUAACUGUGAUGAUUAUUCACACUAUAUUGAAGCUUUAAGAGAAUUCUAGUACUGUACUGUAAUGGAACUCAUAUUAUUCUGGUCACAGAUCUGAUAACUUUUCCCUUAAUGAUAAUGUGAGGUUGAAUGCACAGGUACUGUAUAGAUGUUGGUAAUUUGAAUGUUUCCUGCACACAAGGAAAUACUGUACUGUAUAGGCUGUUUGUGAGUAACAGCAUCAUGAAUUUAGUGUAAUAAUUUGUCUCAACGUGCAGCUUCAGGGUUGAGUGGUUUUUUAUACACCGUAUAUGUACAAGUGUCAGAAUAAUUUUGGUAAUACUACAGUAAAUUGUAAUUCCUGUAUACAGUAUGAAAAUCUCUUUCAAGCUUUUACAUUUACAAAAAAAAGAAAGAAAUUGUAAUGAAGUAUACUCGCUACAUAAAGUAUCUACAAGGUGGGAUCCAAUGGAUGCCAAAAUGAACACUGACUCCUGUUGUGUUGGUAGGGUUGUCAAAAUCCUUCAUCCAUUGUAUGUUGUCUAGCAAAAAAUUAUGCAGAUACUUUUUGUAGUGAGCAUACCUGUAUCUCAAGUUAAUACCUUUUGUUUAAAAGAGUAAAAUAUGCAGCACAGUACUGUAUACAGGUAUAUGUUAACUAAUUUACUGGCAGAAAAGAAUCCAAGUUACAAUUGUUUUUAAGAUUUGUAUUUAUUCUGGUUGUUAUUGCUUUAAGCUGUAGUGCUGCUGUUAAAAGAUAUGAUAAAAAUCUGAUCUUAGCCAGCAUGUUCAACCUGCUUGCAAAAUUGUCAACAUUUUGAUGAACUCAUUGUACUGCAGCUAUAUGUAUAUGUAUAUACCAUAGAUGAACAGACUAUGGGUUCUGUGGACAGAUGUAUCCACAAAAAGUGACUACUUAAAUAAGGUUUCCUCUCUUUUGGGUUGAAAAAAGUGGCUUAUUUUUAAUAUUGUCCAAGGCUUGGCAUGUGGGAAUGUUUUGCAAGACAUUAAUAAAUUCAGGGUAGGAGGUAGGAGACUGUAUUUUAUCAAGAUUUACUGGAUUAAUUAUUGUCACAGUAAAUACAGAAAUUGAUUGAAGUUCUGGAGUUAUGAUUUUGGCAAGUUCAAGUUAGACAAUGGCAUAUUUAAUAAUGAUCUUUUGCUCCAUUUUUCCGUCAAUAUUUCUCAGGGAGACACAAUAUAAGUAUUUUACAUCAUCUCAUGUGAGAGGAGAGAGUGAUCUUUAGAAGAAUAGUGAGUGCUAUUUUUCAUCAUCGUAGAUGGUCUUUUUAAGACAUAUGCCCAUUAUAUCAAGCUUAAAAUUCAGAUUGGAUAUGAUAUAUAAUGAAAAAUAUGAGAGAAAUAGAUGGCUUCCACUUGUGGUGGUUGAAUGGCACUAGAGAUUCUGCAACACUAAACCAAUCCAUGUCUGACUCAUGCUUACAGCUUCAGUCAAAUGAGGGUCUGCCUCCACAUGACAGUAAGGGACGAGGUUUGAUUGAAGGUUUAAAAUUUCUCACGUCACAUUGUUUUCAGUAUUUUGGUGUAAAAUGAUUGAGGUGAUGCUGGUUGUAAUAAUUUGUUAGCGAUAAGCCAGUUAAUGUGAUUGGAAAAAACACUUUUCAAAUUAUAAAUGCAUUUUAUGUACAAUCAAAGACAAAAGUCAUGUCGUGGCUUUGUCCAAAGAUUAAAUAUAACUCGUGAAACAUUAUGAGAGCCCCCUACCACAAGGCAGAGCGCACCAAAAGUUGAGCCCUUGGCAUAUGUUUUCACCAAAUUUCACGACACGACUUUUGUCUUUCUUUGUACAUACAGUCGUUCAUGUAGAAUUACAAUUGAAAAUGCAAUAUUAAUAAAAUAAAAAAAUCUAAGUGACACUUUGGUGUUACGGGUAAAAUGCAACUAUGACAUUCCACUUGCUGCUAGGUUAUGACUGACCAGUGUUUUUAUGCAGGCUAUCACUUGUCAUCCUUGGUCUUUGUACAGUAUAUCUAAUUUCUUUUUCUAAGACUUGCAACUCUCUUAUACAGCUUCAGUUAUCAGAGGCUGAGUUUAAGCCCAUUAAAAGGCAAGCAAAUAAAUUUUUGAGUAUCCUAUAACAAAAGGUAUACCUGUACUAUUUACUUUUCAUUUAAGGUUUGUUAAGAAUGUUAAUAAUUUUAUUAUUACCUUUAAUUACCGAUAGCUGCAAAGUGAAUGUACUGUAUGUGGUUACUCGUGUCUUGAAUCUUAGUUUGGUUCUUGGUUUUAGUAUUAAGACUUGCAUUUAAUUUUUAAACCAAGGCUUAAUAAUGUGUGCAGUUAAUUAUUUUUUUUAAUUAGUGUUUGUGGGCAGAUGCCUUAAAUCAGUUAUUUACAGUAUGUUAAUCCUGAACUACUGGUAGUUUUUAGAGAAUUCUCAUGGAUAUUUGGGAAAAGAAUUUUGUAAUCUUUCAUGAUAUUUUGGGUAUAGUGUAGUAGCAUCCUCCUGAAUGCCUAGUUAACUCUAUGCAGUACAUUAUUAUGUUUUUUUUUAUAGAAUGAAUGAUACUGUAUGACUAUAGGUUGAGUAUAGUAGCUUUUUUUUGGUGGCCUUUUUAUAUGUAACCAGUAUGUAGUUUUGGAGUUGUGGUUGUGUUACAAUAGAAAUACUUUGUUAUCCAUGGUGCUUCCAGAUUUCAAAGCACUUGUUGACUGAGGAGUCACCUUAAAGUUAAGAGCUCAUUGUUUGAAUUUGAGACUGCUAUUGAAAGACUUUUUAUCCACCACUUGUCCAUUUCAUAUACAGGAUACGUACUGAUAUUUUCGUUUGAUUUUGUUAUGGUUUAGGUACAACUUAGUUUAACAAAUGUAUUCAGAGGAAGCACCUCACUUUUUAAACUAUUUUAUGGGCACCACUUUGAUCUAGUCACCCACGAGUUCUUCCAAGUUUCUACCUUUUAAACCUGGGGUGGGAGAAGUCUUCUACAAUCACUUCUCAGUUUCUAUCUAAACUAUUUUUGUGAAACAUCUUUACUUAAAACAGCCAAACCACAUUUAAAUAUCCAAAUCCAGAGGAUAUGUUACAAAAAUAAUCUUUAUUUUCAUGCGUUUCCCUUCGCAUAUCUACCCCACUUCCGUGAUAUUCUUGAAAAUCACUUCUGUACUCGUAACUGAAUAGAUUUGUAACAGAUUUUUUGUAUGGUUUAGCAAAUUUCUUCUAAAUUAGAAAUCCCCAGAGUGCAACUAAGGUCAUAAUGUAUAAAGUUUUCUUUAACAUUUCAGUCAAUUUAAGUGUAUUCCAUGCUUUCAUCUUCCUGUUUUUAGUUCACUGUGUUGUUAUCCUUACUUCCAUUCCUGUAACUCCAACUUUUGAGCUGUGCUAGUCACGUUUGUGACUGACUCGUUCACUCACUGUGCUGACCGACCUGCUGAUAUAACUUAAAGACCAUUUCUUGAAUGCCUUUUUUUACAUAUUGUUUUUAUAUCAUUUUAAGGAUCAUAUUUUUUAUGUAGCUUCCCUUAUGUAGCAUGACAUCAUUUAAAAAGGAAAAGAAAGAAAGGUUUAGUUUGUACACACCGUAAAGCUCCAUAAGCCUCAAUCCCUGAAUCAAUGUUUUUGGUUAUACAGUAGAGGCAGUAAGUGUAACAUCAGCAUAAUCAUAAACAAAUUUAUAUUGUUAUAUAUAUUUGAGGAACAUUCAGUUUAUUGUUCAGAUAACUAGUUUCACAACAUAUGAUAUCUGUUGUACUGUAUAUGUCUACAAUUUCAUGGAUAUUUUGUGUAAUUGUUAAUUGACAAUAAGAGAGCAGGAGUUGGCAAACUGUGAUCACAUGUGUGUGCACUAGGUUGAAUGACAAUGAUACUUUGAAACCGUUACAACUAGACUAUCGUUAAUGGUUGCUGACGAGGGGAAAAUAUCUCCCCCCAAAAAAAAAAGCAGCUAAGCCUCUGUGAUUCUUUCAUAAUUGUACACAGUGACUACAUGGCAUUUUAUUCCUUGUCAUAAUGCACAUAAUUCAGGCAUGUUUACAAGCAACUGUCAUUGAGCACAUUGUUAUAAUCGCUAAACAUGCCAAUAUAUAUACUGUAUGCUGUAAACACAUGGAUACGUACAUACAUCCAUAUAGUAAUCCCUCACCAACUGUGGGGGUUAUGUUCUAGAAUUCUCCCACAGUUGGCAAUGGAAAUAAGGGUUUUAGUAAAGUGACCCCUGAGACAUACCUAAAGCUCUAUAAUGUGCAGCUCAAGGUUUAACCCCUUGAGUAUGGGGGCUUCUCUGUGCUUAUUAAAAUUGCCUGGGGUCCCAUAGUGAAUGGGUUAGAAGAAACAUAAAGUCAACCCUCGCCUUACUCGGUCCCACUUUACGCGUUUCCACGUUUACGCGGUACCCUGCCGAACACGGAAUGCUCACUUUCUGCGGUGUGUGUACCCUUUUACGCGGAGAGCGGCGCGAGCAGGGUGCGCACAAGGUCG